ACAUGUCUCGUCUCUACGCCUGGGCUGGUCUUUUGUUUUGGGGCUCCGCCUCCUAUGAUGGGAAAGUACGCGAAGCACAGUACAAACUAUGGUUUUGUUGUUGUAAGACCAAGAUUAUAGAUUGAGAGAUACGUUUGCGUUGUUGACUUGGAUAGAAUAACCUGCUAAUGUCAACGUUAGCAACUAGCCUGUACAUGUAAAUGCUUUGCACUAGAAUGGACCUGUUGAACUCUCAGUUCCUGGACAAGAUGAACAAUAACAUUGGGAGACUGCACUACGACGAUGAGUCCAGGAUCCCCUCCCUGUCUACUGCUGUGCCAACCAUAACUGGGCCUUCCCCACACUGCCCAAACAAACGGAAGUAUGGGGACGAACAAAUGGAAAACAGACUGAACUGUGAUGACGACCACAUGACCAAAAUGAGCAGAAUGUUUGCUACUCACCUCGCUCGUCCGUCUGCUGGAGACAACCGCAAUGAGCACUGGAGCCUGAGCCACAGUCCUAUGGAGCGGCCAAACCCAUAUGCAACCAUUUCUGGCUACGCUAUAGACCAGCCGCUGGCUCUGACCAAAGGCCACAGUGACAUCGAAGUGUCGCGGCCUAUCAUGAGUGGGACCGCAGAACGGCAGCAGAAUCGGCCCUCGGUUAUCACGUGUGCUCCAGCAAGUAACCGGAAUUGUAACCUCUCACAUUGCCACAUGAAUGGCUGCACUCCUCCUCCGCCUGACGAUCAGAGAAAGACCAAUGCUAAGACCGUAUGCGACUCUGUCAUUGAGGAACACUUCCGCCGCAGUCUUGGGAAAAACUACAAAGAAGCCGAGGCUGUGUCCAAUUCAGUUUCUAUCACGGGUUCUGUGGAUGAUCACUUUGCGAAGGCGCUGGGAGAUGCCUGGCUUCAGAUACAGGCCAGAGGUAGCAGCCACCAGACUCCAGAGGAUGACCCAUAAGAUGGGGGAAGAGGGGAUUGAAAGGGAUCAUUUUAUUAUUCUCCCUUCUUGCCAAGAAUCAACUUCUCUUAGCCAAGAACCGUGUAAGACGUGUGGUUCUCACAUAGGUGGUUCCUCUCUGGACCUCAAGGUCAAUCUUGUAGAACACUCAGCUCACUUUUGUCAAUUAAAAUUGGUAAUUUUCUACCCACAAAGAAGGAACUAAAUUUUGAGUCAUUUGAUAGUUGUGGGAAAAUGACUAAUCACACUGUAAGUUUCUGAAUAUAGAUUCCCAAAGUUGUCAGCAUGACAACAGAUUUUUGACCUGCCUGUCAUCCGAUUUGAUAGCCAAAGACCUUUCCAGCCUUUCUCCACCAGCCUGUAAGCCAUAUUAUCCGUUCUUUCAUUGCCACUCUAAGAUCACACUGCUUUUCAAUCAAUAUUACUUGAAAAUGACAGCUAUGUCUCUUUUGCACUAUUAUGUUCUUGACCUCUGGUGUCACAGGAUACCUGUUGGAAGUAAUGUGCAACAAUGCGUUUUGAGAUUUAUAUGAGAAGAUUACUGCCUUGGCCUUGUUGCUUUCUGAAAACACUAGAUCAAACUGUCUUUUUUAUGAUGAUGAACUGGACUUAUCCACUGUUUAAUAACUAGUUUGCUUACACAUUCACUAAAUUUGAUAACAUAUUUCCACUAACAUCAAUCAUAGUCAAACUUUUAUUAGAAAGCAUGAUUCAAAUAGCUGGUUUCUAUUACAAACUUUAUCCUUAUACUGUGUAUUUAGCCAGAUUUUAUUUUUAUCUGUGAUAUCUUAGAAAUAGUCACUGCUGGUACAGUUGUACUCCUUAUAUUUUUUUUUUGUAUCUGACUCUACUUAGGUGCAUAUCUUGGCAUCCAUCAACAAAUCGCAGCCUCUGGCAAGGCUGUCUGCAGUUUUACCAGCUGCAUUAUUGUUACUCUGCGGAGCUGGAUGUUGUAGCUUAACACAUGACUGAAUGCGGCUAAAUCUCCUCCUCUGUAUUAUAGUUGAUAAGCAGUGACUUUAUUUAUUCUCAACAUGUUGAUUUUUGUUGUGAAACUUUUGCUUUGGAGAGGAUUCCUAAACUACUUCAUUAACAAAGAAGUUGAUUUUCAGUUUGUUAUUAAUACAAGACAGAAGUAGCCUUAGUUUUUAAGUUGCAUUGAACAUUCCACCAAUGCUGCUGAUCUUUCGUAGUCACAUCAGUUGCUUAGCUGGUACUGUUACAAUAUUGUGUGUUUGUGUUUUUUGUUUUCCCCUAAGUCUAAAUCGCGUUCUAAUGUUGCCAAAUUUCUUAUUUCAUGACGUAGGGCUUAAUAGAGUGCCAUAUUUCUGAUAAAGUUGAUGUUUAAUUCCUAGAUUUGAAAACUUACUGACUUAUUGAAGUGUUCCAACCUUCUCAUAUUUGGUUGUGUCAAAAUCAGAAAAUUUAAUGUAUUACAGUGGAAUUCAACUUUUCACAUUGUGUUGAAGGACAACCACAAACAAAAAUGUUUAAAUGGGAUUUUACAUGACAAGUGAACGCAACAUUUCACAUCAUUAUGAUAGAGGAAAGAUGAUGCAAAAUGUUUCAACGUUUUUUACAAAUAUGUCCUGUGCCUUGCUUAUACUUUAUAAAAGGUCUGGACUGGGUCACUCUAGCGAUUGUACUUUGAACUAAACGGUUUCAUUACAUCAAUGUUUGUGGUUCUAAUGUGACUAAAUGUGAUACAUUAUGAUACUUUUUUUACGACACCACAUGUGAUAGUGUGACAUUUUUGAUAACAUUAUUUGGUAUUCUAAGGUUCUUUUUCUAUUAACGUUUAACUCCCAUGUUUUUAUUAAUAUUGAUUUUUAUUUUAUAAACCAUAUAAUCUUUUCUACUUUAUUUUACACAUCCAGGACCAUCAUUGCGCGGUGCGGAAUGAUCAAUGUUUGGUUUCCUUUCAGCGUCAUCUACAUGCGCUAAAGUAGAUGACACUUCUACUGUGUAGAAUGACACCAAUGCAGCUUGUCUUCUUAAAUUUUCCAUUAAUAAGUGCAGAAACGGUUUUCUGACAUUGAGGCUUCCUCCGUGUAGACUUCUGUAACAGGUUGGAGUUUAAGCUUUCUGUAUGUAUUUGGAGAAGUGGGUGAUUUAUGGGAUGUGCUUGUUUGACACAAGUAAAAGUUUCUCUAAUGUAUUUGCUGGUUUUAGGCCUAUAUUUAAUUUUUUUAGAGUACCUGCAUCUUUAAGACUGUAUAAAGUUCUGGUUUUAGGAGUCAUCCUGGUAGAAAAAUAUAAAGGGUUUUUCAUCUUUAUUUCUCUGGAAGAAAACACUUUUUGUACUUAAAUAUUUUCAAAAUAAACUUAUAAUGGCUUCA